GUAUGGUAUGUUAGAUUGGUUUUAAAAAAAUUUUAUAUUGUUUUUGAAUAUGCUAUAUUUAAGAGUAAGUAUAUUUUAAGAGUAUUGUUACUGUUAAAAUAAGAGAUUGUUACUGUUAAAAAUAUAUAGAGAAGUAUCAGAGUAUAUCUCUUAUUAAUACAGAGAUAUAUCAGAGUAUAUCUAUGUUCAAAGUCAAAAAAAUUUUAACAAAAAAUUAAUAUUUAAAUUAUAAAUUCCAAGAUUUUAUGUCCUAUUUUAUGUUUUACAAAUUUUUAAUCUUACUUAAACCUUAUAUAUGGUACUGAACGCAAUGCUGCUUUAAAUCGAAUUAAAAUUGAAUCAGAAUCAAAUGAAUCCCCCCCCCCUAUAUUGUUCAUUCUGUCCAAUAAGAUGGACUGUUAAAGGAGAUCAAGCAUCAUCAGCUAUCAAUUUCUAAACAUAUAAUGGAAACAUUGUUUAAGCCGCACUUUAGACCUUGAAACAAAGAGUAAAAUAGUUGGUGUUAAAAUACAGAUGUCGAAGUUUAAGGUGUUUUUUGGGCUACAACUUAGUAGAUUUUGAAGAUGACUGAUAAUCUUAGCAAAACGCUCCAAAAUAAGUCUCUUUUAGCUCGAUACGCAGUGAUGAAUCAUACGUGUCAUUUUUCAAUAUUUUCACCUCCUUGGCUAAGUCAUUGAAUGUUGAUGAUCCCAAAUUAUAUCGGAAGCAAAAAAUGCCUCAAUGAUGUGAGAUUGGAGAAAGCAUUUAACAGGCUUGAUUAUAACAACAUUUCCGAAAGCUACAAUCGGGUAUGCCUAUGAGGAACAUCUGAACGAGGUACGUACCUGUAUAACAUUAUUUCAAACGCAUUAUUAUUUGCAACAUUAAUCGAUCAAUAUAUCGUUAAUCGCAUGAUCAAUCGUUAUUUAUAAAGUACAUUUAUUUAUGAUGCUUCAGGUUACAGUUUUCUACGGCGAGGAUUUAAACAAGGAUCAACUAGACGCUCAACUUGCAACUUUUUGUUCCGCCUUUGUUAAUAAUUAGAAAACAUCUCCUAACGUCAAGUAGUUGUUUGGAUUACUUUAAAAGUUUAUCGGAAGCACAACGGCCCUUUUUUAGCGAAGUGUGCACUAUUACGCAAUUAGUUCUUGUGAUGCCGGCUACAAACAAAUUGAUUGAAUGCAGGUUUUCGUCAAUGUGUUGACUUAAGACUUAUCUUCAAAGUACCAUGACACAAAAAUGAUUGAACUUGAAUAAUUUUAAACUGUCAUAAAGAACUACUCAAUAACCUAAAUCUGAUUAACAUUAGUGUCUUUAUUCGAGGUAGUGAAAAUGGUUUGAAAAGUUUUAGUCGAUUUUAAAAUAAACUGCAACACCUUAAUUUUUUCUACAUUACUAUAUUAAAAAUGGUCUUUCUAAUGCUCUAAUGAUACAUUUUAAGGUAUGUAAAUUGUAAAAAAGUCAUUAUCAGGGGCUCUUCCCCCAGACCCACGUAACUUCAAAUAUCUUCUCCCGCCCCUGUCAUAUGUUAGUAAGUAUGCUUUUUAAUUCGUAAAAAUAUGAUUCACUUGCAUUAUCUACAUUAAUAGUUUACUUUCAUUUAAAUCAGUCUUUGUCUCGCUCAAACUUGUUUUAUUUAGAUAAUUUAUUUUUUAGUUUUAAUUAUUUUUUAUUUGUUAUUGAUUGUCUUUAAAAAACAAUUUUAAUUCUUUAAUCGAUAUAUUUUAAUCUUAACCUUUAAAGAAAGUAAGUUAAUUAUUUAAAAUUGACUAAUAAUAAAUUUUAAAUCUUUUAUUGUCUAAAUUAAUCAUGAAAUAAAAAAAAGCUUUACGAUGGAAACACUUACUACUACUCAACGCUAUGAAAAAGAAUUGAAAAUAAACAAUGCGGACUACAAGGAACCAAAGCAAAUCGGAUUAUUAGAACACGAGAAUAGUAUAACAAUUGAUUUGUAUUGGUUGCUUGGAGAAGAUGAAAUUCCUUUAAAACUAACAGUAGUCCUCACGAAGGAAAAUGAAUAUUCUGAAAUUGUCAUUCAAGAAAUUGGAAAAACUUUAUUUGAAUUGAGAAAACAAAGCAGAGAGUUAAAAAAUGAAAACUAUAGUAUGAAAAAUGAAAUUAGUCAUAUGAAAAAUGAAAGUAGUAAUAUGAAAAAUGAAAUUACUAACAUGAAAAAUGAAAUUAUAGGUAUAAAAAACUAUUUUGCCUACUAUAAUGUUAAUAUUUAUUGCAAUAUCAAACGUAUCAUUUAUCAAGAUAUUUUUGCUGCGGAAAAUAAAGGUAUAAUUAAAAAAGUCGGAAAUCCUCCAUACGAUGAUACAAGUUAUGCGAGGAAGUCGGAGGGAAAAGAAAUGAUUCAAUAUGGUUCUGCUGAUAAAAAUAGUGAAAAUGGAGCAAAAAUAAUUAUUCCUGAUGGCUACAAUAUAUUAUGGAUAAGGAUUCCAGGUAAUAGAACGACUCUCAUCAAUGCUACUUUUAAUGAUGGAAAUAGAGAAAAUAUUGGAAAAUUGAUUUUUGGACAGGAAAGUAUCUCAAUUUCUUCUGAAAGUAUACCUAAUGAUGAAUUAUAUAAGAAUCAUAUUUGGGUUCCAAUUCCUGUUAAAAGAUCCGGCAAUAUUAUUUUAGUAUCUGGUGCAAAUGCAAGUCCAACCUUUUAUAUUUCAGGCAUUGCAUUUGGUUUUAAUAUUUGGAACAUUGCUUAUAACUCUGCUCUUGCUUAUAUAAGUUGUAUUAAUGGAGGAAGUAAUGUGAAGGCAAGUAUUGUUUUAAGCAAUGUUCUAGUUUGUUUUGUUAAGCUUGGAAGUAUUGGAAUUUUAUAUGUUCCAGUAAUACCAUCUAAAUAUGAUAAACUUUUGUACUUUGUUUUAUAUAAUGAUAAUAACGAAAUACAAAUUACCAAGCUAACAGUAAAUGAUAAAGUUGUUGAUACUUUCUCAUAUAACUACGACAAUCCUAUUGCAAGGCGUUACAAUGAAAAAACUUAUUUUACAUAUUAUGCAACUUUAAUACCUAAAGAAGUAAUACCAGAAGAUUCUUUCUUUGUAAAAGUAGAGUUUGAUAUGACCAAUCAAGUUUUUUUCAAGAUUUAUAUAAGAGAAUGCGGAACGCAUGAUAAUAUUCAACCUUCUAAUAUUCAAUAAUAUAUUUUCCUUCCUUGGAUAAGUUGAAGAAUUUAAAAAAACUUAAACUUCUUGAUAAUGAUAUUUAACAAAUGGUUUUUAUAACUGAUUUUUAAUUUUUUAUAAUUUAUUUUUAAUUUUUUGUAUCAAAUUUUGAAUGCUUUGAUUAUUUAUAGUGUUUUUUGUAUUUU